AUGGCCGGGCCCAAAGUCAUUAAAACUGAGCUAUUUAUAGGAACAGACUUGAGUAACCAUGGUAAUGUGGAUGCCUAUUCUGCCACUGAAGCUGGGUAUGAUGACUUGUCUGGAGUUGGUAACAUAGAACAUGAGAAAAUGGCCGGGCCCAAAGUCAUUAAAACUGAGCUAUUUAUAGGAACAGACUUGAGUAACCAUGGUAAUGUGGAUGCCUAUUCUGCCACUGAAGCUGGGCAUGAUGACUUGUCAGGAGUUGAUAACAUAGAACAUGAGAAAAUGGCCGGGCCCAAAGUCAUUAAAACUGAGCUAUUUAUAGGAACAGACCUUGGUAACCAUGGUAAUACAGAUGCCUAUUCUGCCACUGAAGCUGGACAUGAUGACUUGUCUGUAGUUGAUAACAUAGAACAUGAGAAAAUGGCCGGACCCAAAGUCAUUAAAACUGAGCUAUUUAUAGGAACAGACUUGGGUAACCAUGGUAAUGCGGAUGUCUAUUCUGCCACUGAAGCUGGACAUGAUGACUUGACUGGAGUUGGAGUUGUUACGAGAAAACAAACAAACAAGGAUUUGUUUUGCCUGCAGUCAAAUGUUGGAGAGAAUAAAGAUGAAUGCACAUGUUCUGCGAAUGAUGAGUUUGAUCUCAGAGACAACAAAAUUAAAAUAAAACAAGAGCCAAAACUUAAAGAUGGACAAGAAUUGAUGGAAAUGAGUGACCAUUAUUCAACUGAAAUGAUGUUCAAUGAUGUAAAUACACUUGAGAUAAGUUGUAAUCCAGGUGGAAGCAUUGUUCAUGUAAAGAAGGAACAUGCUGUCUCUAUGCCAGGGGUAACAGGAGAUGAUGUCGAGACAAAAGAGGAAUGUACAUGCGGGGAACCAAAUAUGAAUUCAGAUUCUGUGGAACAGGAUACAAAAUUACUGUUGGUGGGCUUGGAUAACUCGGUAAAGAAUGAAUUAGGUUCAUUUGUUGUGGAAUCUGUUUCUUCAGAUACUUCAGUUCAGCAAAUUGCAUCGACAAUUGAACCUUGUGAACAAACAAUUUUAGAAUAUAAUCCAGAUAAUAAAUUAGAGGUACCUCAUAAAGAAAAUAAUGAAACGAGUGUCAAUUUCUGUAAGGCUGUCAAGACAGAAGUAUUGCCAACAGAAGACUUGAGUUGCCAGAAUUCAGAUGUGGAUUGCUUUAGGGGUAAUCAAUUCGGCGAUGAGUUUGAUGCCUCUGUUUCUGUAGAGACUGAUGGUAAGAAAAAUGCAUUCAGCGACCAGAUAACACUUGUUAAUACAGAGGAUUUUGAAAAACACAUAUUACGCCUUAAAAAAGCAACUUCUCUGGAAAGCAGUGGUGUCAACACUUUAAGUCUGCAGUGUUUGAAGUGCAGUUUAUGUUUUCCUUCAUUAGAAACUCUAAAUACUCAUACGAUAACCCAUACUGAAUGUGAGUUUGUAUUUUUUUGUAAAGUGUGUCAUAAUGUGUUUACUGAGAACUCAAUUAAUGCACAUAUACAGACACAUACUAUUGCCCAACAUGUAGAACAAGACCCAGCUGAACCCGUAAAUGCAAAUUUUAGUAAUACUCUCAAAGCAGAUAUAUUAUUAAAUAAAAACUGCCAACAUUCAGAUGAAAACUACCAAGCUAUAGAUGUAUCAAUUUCUGCAGAGACUUCUAAUAAACAAAAUGCAUCAACAAGUGAAACUUGCGCACAUACUGUAUCAGGAGAGCCCCAUCAAAAUCAGAGAAUACUUGUUAGUAAUGAUGAACUUGAAUGUCUCAAACAUCUCAAAACGACAGUUUCUUCAAAAAGCAGUGAUGGCAGCUCUACAGUUAAGCUUUUCACUUCAGUUGAAUCGCUAAAUACUCAUAAUAAAGUCCAUCCCGAACAUGAUUUCAACCAGUGUAGCAUGUGCAAAAAUGUGUUUCCUGAGAAAACAUUUGGUUCGCACACAUGCACAGUACCACGUUCUAAUAAUCAACAUAGUGAACUAGAAACGUCUCUUUUAAAUAAAAAUGCCCAGUCAUAUAAUUUUGUCAAGAGAUUACGAUGCAAUAUUUGUCGAAAGACAUUCUCCAGCAGAAAAAGUCUUAAAAAGCAUGAAAUCACACACAGUAAGAAAUGCAACGAAAGAAAACCAGGAUACAAAUGUCAGUAUUGCACAGAAGCGUUUACUUCGAAGAUAAACUUGAGAAUACAUGCAAAUAUACAUUCAGACCAAUACCAGUAUGAGUGUGAUCACUGUGAGUAUCGAUGUAAAGCUAAAUCCCACCUUGUGACUCAUAUGAAGACACAUACAGAGACGUCAGUGGGAUGCGUAAAGUGUGGGAAGCGGUUUGCGUCACAAAACAGUUAUACUCGACACAUGGCAGCACAUGCUAAAAAUGAGAAAUGCAAAUGUGAAUAUUGUAACUACUCCUGUAGGAGCAAUUGUAAUCUGAAACGUCACAUUGCAUCCAUGCAUCAAGAUACAGAAAAAUUACAUACCCAUGAGAAAUCAUACAAGUAUGGUAAACGGGACACAGGUUUUAAAUCAACUUUACCCAAUGUACAUUUAUCAAGUCAUUCUGAUAGGGUGCCUUUUCAAUGUAAAGUCUGUGGAAAGGGAUUCUCACGAAAAUAUUGUCUGAAUGUUCAUAUGGCUAUUCAUUCUGAUGUUCAACCUUUGAAAUGUGAACACUGUGAGAAGAAAUACUAUACAAAGCAUGGUUUGAAGGACCACAUGCGAAAACACACUGGUGAGAAACCGUACAAGUGUAGUGAAUGUUGUGCAACAUUUAGAGUAAAAAUUUCUCUUGACAGACACUUGAUAACUCACACUGGUAUCAUACCGCAUCAAUGUGAUGUCUGUGGAAAAGGAUUCUUGAGGAAAUAUUGUCUGAAUGUCCAUAUGGCUGUUCAUUCUGGUGUUCAACACUCUAUAACUCACACUGGUAUCAUGCCGCAUCAAUGUGAAGUCUGUGGAAAAGGAUUCUUGCGGAAAUAUUGUCUGAAUGCCCAUAUGGCUGUUCAUUCUGGUGUUCAACCUUUGAAAUGUGAACACUGUGAGAAGAAAUACUAUACAAAGCACGGUUUAAAGCAACACGUGCGAAAACACACUGGUGAGAAACCGUACAAGUGUGCUGAAUGUGGCGCCAGUUUCAGAUUAAAAAUCUUUUUUGAUAGACAUUUAGUGACUCACACUGGUAUCAUGCCCUAUCAGUGCGACCGCUGUGGAAAAGGAUUUGUGCGGGCUACACAUUUAAAUGCUCAUAUGAGAAAACAUGCUGAUAAUAAAAACCCUGAGCAUAAAGAAAGUUUCACCAUGAAAAAUGGCGAGCACCAUGCGACUCAUCUCAAUUCAUCAAGUAAAACUGACUUGAAAAACAAUGUCACACUUGUGUGUGAAAAAUGCGGCAAAACUUAUCAUAAAAUCAGAUCGUUUAAAAUUCACCAAGAACAAGCACAUAGUCAACGACAGUACAAAUGCCACCAAUGUGGUAAAGUCUAUUCAGGACUGAAAAGUUUAAAAGCACACCUGCGGACACACUCUGCGAAAAAAUCCUACCAGUGCAUUGCAUGUGGCAAACGUUUUAUAUCGAGGUCACAACUUACUGUACAUCAGCGGAUACACACAGGAGAAAAGCCAUGUAAAUGCAACGUGUGUGGAAAGGACUUUCGAACUUUAUAUGCUCUCCGAUAUCACCAAUUUACUCAUACAGGGGAAAGACCACAUAGAUGCAGUUACUGUUAUCAACAUUUUCGCACAAAAAUGGCCCUGAGCAAGCACAUUCGCCAACAUACUGGUGAGAAGCCCUUCCGGUGCGAGAAGUGUGGAAAGUUAUUCACAAAUAAAAGACCUUUUACAGAACACUUAAAGCUGCAUGAGAAAAUCAACUCUUAUAAAUGUGUUCAGACUUUGGAAACACCAGGAAUAUUUAACAAAGUACCUCAGCAGGGAACUUCACAGACAAUCCCAUCUAGGUGUGUUAAAGAAGAAACUACAGAGAAGCUACACAUGCCAAAAGAUAGUAUUGUUGGAGUCAGGUGUGGGGACUUGACUGAAGUGAGAGAUGGGAAUACAGAAAUAUUACCAAUUGAAGACUUGAGUUGCCAGAGUGCAGAUAAAGAUGUUAGUGAAAGAAAUGAGGAGUGUAGUAUUGAUGCGUCUCGUUAUGGAGGCAGUGAAGAUGAAGUGAGAAAUGUGACAAAACUGAGAGAGGAUGAACAAGGUGAACUUUGUGUUAUGGAACUGAUUGAACAGUGUCCAGAUGGGAGCCUUGAUGUCAAUGGAAAGGUGACCAUUGGGGAGGGCGGAGAUGAUAGGACAAUGAUGGAAUACGGCAGACCUGAAGGGGAACUUUGUGUUAGGGAACUGAUUGAACAGUGUCCAGAUGGGAGUCUUGAUGUCAAUGCAAAGGUGACCAUUGGGGAGGGAGGAGAUGAUAGGACUAUGAUGGAAAGCGGUAGACCUGAUAACAAGUUAGAAACUGAGGAACAAGUUAAAAAGAUCUUUGUGUGGAUGGUCGGGGAAAAAUUGGAAGAGAAUGAAUCAAAUGCCGUUGUCAUGGAUUAUUCUUCUAACAGUAGACAUCUUGGCGACUGUUCAAUUAUCCAGUGCUUAAGAUGUGGAUUACUGUUUUCAUCCCAAGAAGCUUUAGAUGAUCAUGAGAAAAUUCACAAAGAGAGUGAUCCAUAUCAGUGUGGGGUGUGUCAACAAGUGUUUUCUGAGAAUACAAUUGGUCCACAUAUGCAGUCUCAUUCCGAUAAUCAUUACGAAGUACCUCAACGACAAAUAACGAUAAAGAAGCCUUUACAUGCCCAGGCUCCUGCUAAGAGAUUAAAAUGCAGCUCAUGUGAAAGGACUUUUCGUUGUCAGCGAGGUUUAACUACACAUGUAAGGACACAUAAAACCUACAAAUGUAAAAACUGUACUUUGGAGUUUGCAACGAAACAUAAGUUGACCAGACAUCUUAAAAUGCAUCUUUGCCAAGAGUUUUACGUGUGUGCAAAAUGUGGAGACCGAUUUUUAAAUAACAGUGCACUUUUGGAUCAUAUGAAAACCCAUAAAGAUAAAUCUGUGGAAUGUCGGCAGUGUGGAAAACAGUUCAGGUCCCUUAUAAAUUCUAAUGGAGCUAAAGAUUGGUACCCUGUGUAUACAUAA